UUCACAGUCCCUGCCGCUGAAAAACAUACCCACAGCAUGAUGCUGCCACCACCAUGCUUCACUGCAGGGAUGGUGCCAGGCAUCCUCCAGACGUGACGCUUGGCAUUCAGGCCAAAGAGCUUCUCAUGGUCUGAGUAUUCCUUUAGAUGUCUUUUGGCAAACUCCAAGCGAGCUGUCAUGUGCCUUUUACUGAGGAGUGGCUUUCAUCUGGCCACUCUACCAUAAAGGCCAGAUUGGUGGAGUGCUGCAGAGAUGGUUGUCCUUCUGGAAGUUUCUCCCAUCUCCACAGAGGAACUCUGGAGCUCUGUCAGAGUGACCAUCGGGUUCUUGGUCACCUCCCUGACCAAGGCCCUUCUCCCCCGAUUGCUCAGUUUGGCCAGGCAACCAGUGAUCUUGGGGACCUUCAAUGCUGCAGAAAUGUUUUGGUACACUUCCCCAGAUCUGUGCAUCAACACAAUCCGGUCUCGGAGCUCUAUGGACAAUUCCUUCAACCUCAUGGCUUGGUUUUUGCUCUGACAUGCACUAUCAUCUGUGGGACCUUAUAUAGACAGGUGUGUGCCUUUCCAAAUCAUGUCUAAUCAAUGUGAUUUACCACAGGUGGACUCCAAUCAAGUUGUAGAAACAUUUCGAGGAGGAUCAAUCGAAACGAGAUGCACCUGAGCUCAAUUUCGAGUCUCAUAGUAAAGGGUCUGAAUGCUUAUAGUGGCAUUGCCUAAAAUGAAUCACUCUGGGCCUGAGAAGCGCGAGCAGAAGUUCGUGCUCGACUGCAUCGCUGUCAGUUCGGUUGCGCUCGGGUAUGAACACAUGCGCCCCCGGCUCUGGUCGGUGCUCCCCGGGUACGACGCACACAAUGACCCCCACGCUGCGCGCUACACGACCACCCCAUCGGUGCAGAGGGUCCCGCAGAAGACCACCCCGUCGGUGCGGAGGGUCCCGCAGAAGACCGAGAACAAGGAACUGAAGAGCGCCGCUGCCCAAAAGUCCCGAGACCUGAGGAACACUUCCGGAGCAGAAUCAGAUAAAUACGUUUACAUUUACAUUGUAUAA